UUUCUUUCUUCCUCUCUGGAUAUUGGAGAGAUAAGAGAUUCAUUAAAUUUUUCUUUCACAGAGGAUCAUUUUCUGAUUUUGGAUACCUAAGAUUCUAUAAUAUGAUCCGAAUUUAAUAGCAGCAUUUAGUAUGAUCUGGUGUAAGAGCAGAGAAUUUCAAUGGCUUUAGGACAAGACGAAGCUGAAAUAGAAAAGUAAUCCAGUGGAAUCAUGCUUAUCUUGGCGUUCGCGAUCGCUGCCAUCGUCGCCGUCGUUUGGAUUUUCUUCAAGUCACUCCCUUGGAUUCUCCGGUGUUUCGCCGGAAUAACUCUUAGUUAUCAGUUUGAUGGAUGGAAUUGCUUGAAGGAUGUUGUAUUACAUUUCAAGAAGGGCUCUAUUGAAUCUAUAACCAUUGGAGAAUUUAAAGCGAGUCUAAGUCAAUCUUUGGUUGAACUUUGUGCCAAGGCUUUAAUCCAAGAUCCUAAAGUUAUAUUCUCUAUAUGUGACCUGAAAAUUGUAACCAGACCUUCAAGUAAAGGUCCUCGCAAGAAAUCGAAAUCAAAAACUCGAAAAUCGCGCUCUGGUGGCAAGGGAAAGCUGAUGCUACUCGCUAAUAUCGGUAGAUUCUUUUCGGUUUCUAUGACAAAUAUGGUUGUGCAGACACCUAAAGCUAAAGCAGAAAUCAAGGAGAUAGAGCUUGAUUUAUCUAAAGAAAGGGGUUCAGCAAAUUUUUUCAUCAAACUGUACCUCUUGCCAAUAUUUGUACAAAUCGGUGAUGAGCCACAUGUUAUCGCAGAGGACUCUUCUUCUUCGUCUUCUUCUUCUCUUCUUUGUGAAAAACUUUCCUUCUCCUGCGAAUUCGGUCAUAACAGACAGUCAAGUUCGAGUAUAAAGAACGUCGAAGUAGAUAUAGCAGAUACUGUUUUUAACCUCAAUGAGAAGCUGCUGCUGAAAAAAAAAGCUUCGACGAGUGUUACUUCCACUGGUGAAGUGAUUGGCUCAUCAAGUUCUGUUCACACAGCUUCAGAGAAACCUCAAAAGGAACCAGUGAAUGUUUUGGUUGCAAAGAAUGCUUCAAAAUUCCCUGAGAAAGUAUCAUUUGAUAUGUCACAGCUUGAUAUCAGAUUUGUGCAUCAAGAACAUGAUUUUUCUAUAGCGAAUAGCGUUACAGGGUUUCGGUUGAGAAGCACCAAAUCUCAAUCCGGUGAAGAUGGCAAGGAAGAAGAACCAUUUCUUGAUAUUGUCUUGGAACUCAGAGAGAUUCAUCUUAUUAGAGAAUCUGAAGUUUCUGUAUUGGAGAUGUCAAGAAUUGAAGUUUCCUCCAAGGUGUAUUGUCCAAUGCAAGAAUCUUCUCCUGUUAAAGCUGAGGUUGAGGUUAAGCUUGGUGGUAUAAUGUGCAACAUCAUCAUAAAGAGAUUUGAGCCAUUGUUGCGUUUGCACUUCUCAAGAAAGAAAAAGAUUGUUCUCAAAGAGGAAAAACCAAAUACUGUAAAAUCAGAAUCUACAAGUGGUUUCAAGGCUGUUGUAUGGAGAUGUGUCACUUCAAUCCCCAAUAUAACGAUUGUGUUAUACAAUCCAGAAAGCUCUCCUUUAUACCAAUGCUGCUUUGAUUCGUUACUUGUCACUGCAAACAACACGUCAAGUAAAGGAAUAUUUGUGAAGAUGGAGCUCAAAGAACUGGAUCUAUGCAUGGUUGAUGAACAUCGAGUAUGUUUGAAAGAAAGCCUUUUUGGUCUAGAGUCAUCAGCUUCAGGUUCAUUAGUCAAUGUAAGAGAUGUCAGAUUGGAGCAUGGCAAGAAAGAUGAUGAUAAACAGAAACUUGUGGUCGACGUAUCAGAGAUCGGUCUGUUGUUUUCUUUCAAGAGCUUCGAAGCACUCGUGGUGAACGCAAUGUCGGUUCAAGCUUUCGUCAAGAGUUUAACCGGUGGUAGUAGUAGUAGCAAGAACACGCAGGAGAAAGGUGUGAAUAGAUCCAAGAAGCCAUCAUCGGGAAGAGGGACUCAAAUCUUGAAACUCAACGUUGAACGUUUCUCUUUGAACUUCUCUGGAGACUCGAGCCUAGACAAUACAGUCAUCGACGAUCCGAAACGUGUCAAUUACGGAUCACAAGGAGGGAGGGUUGUCAUUAGCGUCUCUGCUGAUGGCACGCCUCGAACCGCUAGCGUUUUCUCUACCUUGUCUACCAAGGAACAUGAUAAGCUGAAGUACUUAAUCUCGUUUGAGUUACUCAAGUUCGGGUUUACUCUAAACAAGGAGAUUCAGUCUACGCAGGUCGAGCUCGUGAACGCGAGAUCGGUCUACCAGGAGUUCUUGGAUGAGCCUCACCCGGUUUCAAGAGUGACGCUCUGCGACAUUCAGAACGCUAAGUUUGUGCGUCGUAACGGCGGCGUUAAGGAUGUUGCGAUCUGUUCUCUCUUCAGUGCCUCUAACAUUGUCGUUAGAUGGGAGCCUGACGUGCAUAUAUCAAUGGUUGAGCUUGGCUUGCGUUUGAAGUCUUUGGUCUCAACUCAGAAACUUAAGCAGCACGGUAACAGAAACCAAGAAGAUGGUGAUAGACCUAAACAAGAACCAACUACUACUAGUUCGAGCUCUGUUGAUAAGCCAAAGAAGAAGGAGUCUAUAUUUGCUGUUGAUGUAGAGAUGUUAAGCAUAUCCGCAGAAGCAGGGGAUGGUGUGGAGGCUGAGGUGCAGAUUCAGUCGAUUUUCUCGGAGAAUGUUCGUAUCGGUGUGCUCUUGGAAGGGUUUACGCUUGGCUUUUGUGGAUGUAGGAUAUUCAAAAGCAGCCGUGUACAGGUUUCAAGAAUACCUAGCUUGACUUCGACUUCAUCGAACUCGAAAACAGAAUCAUCAUCAGGAACUCCAUGGGAUUGGGUAGUUCAAGGUCUUGACAUACAUAUAUGUAUGCCUUACAGACUACAACUCCGUGCUAUCGAUGACGCUGUUGAAGAAAUGCUUAGGGCUUUGAAGCUUGUGACCAAAGCUAAAUCCAAUCUCAUCUUGCCUGUGAAAAAGGAAAGCUCAACGCCGAAUAAAAAACCAGGCACGAAGAAGUUUGGUCGUGUAAGACUCUGCGUUCGGAAGUUAAUGUUUGAAAUUGAGGAAGAACCAAUCCAAGGCUGGCUUGAUGAGCAUUACCAUCUUAUGAAGAAAGAAGCGUAUGAGUUAGCCGUGAGGUCCAAGUUUCUUGAUGAGUUGAUUUCUAGUGGAAACCAGGUUGCUAAAACCGGGGGAGAUGAUGAGUCAGAUGGUUCUGAUCAGAAGAAGAUUUCUUUCGAGGGAGAAGACAUCGACACGCAAGAUGCUGAAGAGAUCCGAACGAUGAAUGAGAAGUUAUGUAAACAAUCGUUUGAUUCGUAUUACAGGUCAUGUCAGAGUUUAAAAACUUCAGAUGGUUCAGGUGCAUGUAAAGAAGGGUUUCAGUCCGGUUUCAAGAUGAGCACUUCAAGGAAGUCUCUUCUCUCUGUCUCUGUUACUGAUCUUGAUCUGAGUAUUACAGCUAUUAGUGGAGGUGAAGCAGGGAUGAUAGAAAUGGUUAAAGAACUUGAUCCUAUAUGUCAAGAGAAGGACAUACCUUUUUCGAGGUUGUAUGGAUGUAAUCUCAAGUUAAACACAGGAACUCUUGCUGUUCAACUUAGAGACUACACGUUUCCUCUUCUCUCAACAACUUUGGGUAAAUCCGAAGGCCGUCUUGUGCUGGCUCAACAGGCAACAGCUUUUCAGCCUCAGAUACUCCAUGAUGUGUACGUAGGAAGAUGGAGGAAGGUGCAGAUGCUACGUUCAGCUAGUGGAACAACACCUGCAAUGAAAACAUACAUGGAUUUGCCGAUAAAGUUUCAGAGAGGAGAGGUCUCUUUUGGGAUUGGUUAUGAACCAGUGCUUGCUGAUUUAAGCUAUGCCUUCACAGUGGCUCUUCGUAGAGCUAACCUCAGUCUCAAGGGUCCUGGACUUAUCCCACCUCCCAAAAAGGAGAAAAGCUUACCAUGGUGGGAUGAAAUGAGGAACUACGUCCAUGGGAACAUAACACUGUCGUUCUCUGAGACAAAGUGGAUCGUUCUUGCAACUCCUGACCCUUAUGAGAAGCUUGACAAGCUUCAGAUGAAUUCCGCCAACGUGGAAAUCCGGCAAACAGAUGGUCGAAUCAACUUCUCAGCCGAGGACAUAAAGAUUUUCAUGAGCAGUUUUGAGAACUUGGCUAGACAUUACCCUAACUCUUUACCUUGCCCACCAAGCUACCCAUUCCUUGCGGUCCCACGUUUCAGCCUCGAAGUCCGGAUGGAUUGGGAAUGCGAAUCCGGAAACCCGUUUAAUCAUUAUCUCUUUGCUUUACCUGUUGAAGGAAAGGCUCGUGAUAAGAUCUAUGAUCCUUUCAGGUCUACUUCUCUCUCGCUACGCUUUGAUUUCUCCUUAAGACCUGAACAAGCAGAAAAUCCUAAGAAACCGUCUACUUCCCCACCCGAGAUCAACAUUGGCUCUCAUGACCUUGCAUGGCUGAUAAGAUUCUGGAACAUGAACUAUCUUCCUCCUUACAAGCUCCGGACAUUCUCACGGUGGCCUCGCUAUGGAGUUCCAAGAAUCCCAAGAUCAGGGAACUUGUCUCUGGACAGAGUGAUGACAGAGUAUAUGCUCCGUGUUGACGUUGCUCCCAUCUGUAUAAAGCAUUUGCCGCUUGAUCCUGAUAACCCUGCAAGAGGCUUGACGUUUAACAUGACUAAGCUCAAAUAUGAAAUGUGCUUCAGCCGUGGAAACCAAGAAUUCACUUUUGAUUGCAAGCGUGAGACUCUUGAUCCGGUUUACCAAGGCAUAGACCUCCAUGUGCCUAAAGCGUUCUUGAAAAGAGAUCAUCAGAUUUGCUCUAAGCCGGUUCAGAUGUCAAGAACAAGCUCACAAUCUGGAUCAUCUGAUAAAGCUAAGAACGAGAACGGCGGUGACUGCACGGAGAAGCAUCCUGACGACGGGUUUCUGUUUUCGUCGGAUUACUUCACCAUCAGGAGGCAAGCUCCUAAGGCUGAUCCUGAGAGAUUGUUGGUGUGGAAAGAGGAAGGCAAGAUAUACCGCGAGAAAGUAGAUGCAAGAACUACAAACGAGAAGGAGAGUAGUGAAGCUGAGGAGAAUUCGCAUUCGGAUCCGAGCGAUGAUGAUGGAUACAAUGUCGUGAUAGCAGACAACUGUCAGCGUAUCUUUGUUUACGGUCUGAAACUGCUGUGGAACAUUGAGAACAGAGAUGCUGUUUUGUCUUUUUUCGGUGGGAUGUCUAAAGCGUUUCAACCACCUAAGCCUUCUCCAUCACGUCAGUAUGCUCAGAGAAAGUUACUUGAAGGCAACAAGAAGGAUUCUGAUUUAGAACCUCCUCAAGAUGACAAUCUCACUUCCCAACAAUCCAAGGAGCCUGUGGAAGUUCCUUCACCUUCUUCUGAACCAAUCAAAACAGAGAACUUUGCAUCUUUCCCACUUGAAGCCACAAAGAGUGGCAAUUCAAAUGGUUCAGAGGAAGAAGGAACUCGGCAUUUUAUGGUUAACGUUAUUGAGCCACAAUUCAAUCUCCAUUCAGAAGACGUAAAUGGUAGGUUUUUGCUCGCUGCUGCAAGUGGACGUGUCUUGGCACGAUCGUUUCAUUCGGUGGUUCAUGUUGGGUAUGACAUGAUUGAGAAGGCGGUUCAGAAUGAGAAUGAUCAUCGUAAUCAUGAAAACGAUGGCACAGACCUGACGUGGACACGCAUGGAAGUGUCUAUGAUGUUGGAGCAUGUACAAGCUCAUGUGGCACCAACAGAUGUUGAUCCAGGAGCUGGUGUACAAUGGCUCCCAAAGAUUAGAAGAAGCUCCCCAAAGGCCAAACGUACUGGUGCACUGCUCGAACGAGUCUUCAUGCCCUGUGACAUGUACUUUCAAUACACCAGACAUAAAGGUGUGACUCCUGACCUAAAGGUGAAGCCAUUGAAAGAGCUUACUUUCAACUCACGCAAUAUUACAGCGUCGAUGACAUCACGUCAGUUUCAAGUUAUGUUGGAUGUUUUGUCCAAUCUUUUGUUUGCAAGAUUACCAAAGCCUCAGAACGACAGUUUGAAACUUUCUGGUGAAGAAGAUGAUGAAGGUGAAGAGGAGAUCGAUGAGGUGGUUCCUGAUGGCGUUGAGGAAGUGGAGCUUGCGAAGAUCGAGCUUGAACACAAACAGAGGGAUAAGAUGUUGCUUCUUGAUGAUAUUAGAAAACUGACGCAGAGCGAAAGUAAUUCAGGAAACUACACAAAUCUUGAAAAGAAAAACGACUGGAUGAUCACAUGUGGGAAGCCAAUACUGGUGGAAGAAUUGAGGAAAGGUUAUCUCAAUGUGAGACAAUCUAGGAAGACAGCUUAUACGGCCCUGCGUGUUUCUGUGAAGAAUGCUGCAGAGCUAAGGUUGCUGGAGAAAGAUAAGAACAAGAGACCUUCAUCGGCCAUGCGCAUCUCUUUGCAGAUCAACAAAGUCGUUUGGUCUAUGCUUUUAGAUGGCAAAACAUUCGCUGAGGUUGAAAUCGACAAUAUGGUUUAUGAUUUUAACAGGGACUUGAGAGAUAUUGGGAUUGCUCAAUUCACAACAAGAUACUUUGUCCUAAGGAACUGUUUGCCUAAUGCCAAGUCUGAUACUGUUUUGUCAGCUUGGAAUCCUCCUCCAGAAUGGGGCAAUAAAGUGAUGUUACAGGUAGAUGCAAGACAAGGGAUCCCAAAUGAUGGACAAGCUCCUUAUGAACUCUUCCAGGCAAAGACAAUGUACACAAUGAUGUGGGAGUAUAUCUUCCCAGGAGAGGAGCAACAUUCCCAGAGAAGAGAGGAAGUUUGGAAGGUGUCUACAACGGCGGGAUCAAGGCGAGUCAGGAAAGGUUCAUUCGCUCAAGAAGCGGCGGCGUUGCUCUCUACCUCCGAUCUAGGCCAGAGUUCAAAGAAUCAAAACCCAAAGUCAAGAUCGAUCCGUAGCUCAGGGCCAGAGCUGAGGAGAACGUCUUCUUUUGACAGAACAUGGGAAGAGACUGUGGCGGAAUCAGUAGCUAAUGAGCUUGUUCUACACUCCAUGGAGCAUCAGAGUGAAUCCUCGAAAAACAAGCUGAAAGAUUCAAAAACUACAAAAGCUGGUCGUUCUGUUCAUGAAGAGAAGAAAGUGGAGAAGUCAGUGGAAGACAAGAAGUCGAGGCCUCAAAAGAUUAUGCAGUUCCAGACCAUCAAGAUAAGUCAGGUGGAACUGAUGAUCACUUACGAAGGAUCAAGAUUUGUUGUCAACGAUAUGAAGCUGUUGAUGGACACGUUUCAUCGAGUUGAGUUCAGUGGAACGUGGAGGAGACUCUUCUCUCGAGUGAAGAAGCAUAUCAUAUGGGGAGUCCUAAAGUCAGUAACGGGAAUGCAAAUGAAGAAAUUCAAAGACAAAACUCAUGUUCCGAAAGAUGAGAUUGGUUUGAGAGACAAAGAAGAGUCCGGGAGAUCAGAUCAAGAUUCAGGUGCGUGGGUGAAGCGUGCUGGCGACAAUGCAGGUGAUGGGUUCGUCACAUCGAUUAGAGGUAUUUUCAAUACGCAAAGACGAAAGGCAAAGAAGUUUGUGCUUCGAACGAUGAGAGGAGAGACAGAAGAGAGCUUCCCAGGAGAGUGGAGUGACAAUGAAUCAGACUUCUCUCCUUUCGCAAGACAAUUGACGAUUACUAAAGCUAAGAAACUCAUCAGGCGUCACUCUAAGAAGUUCCAGAAUCAAAACACUACUAAAGGAGUUCCAUCACUUUUACACUCUUUCAAGAUUAGAUUUCAUACACUGUACUAG